CCACCGUACUGUAUGGGCAUUGUAUCUUGCGCUUGAAAGGGUCAGGCUUCCACACUAGAUACUGGAAUCAAUAUACAGGAAAUGUAUGCAGCUCUGAGGGAGAGAAACAAAGUUGUUGUGGCUGGCUCCGCGCACACAGUUGGCCCAACGGGGGGCUACAUUCAGGGUGGAGGGCAUUCUUUCCUGGGGACGUGGAAGGGCAUGGCAUCGGACAAUGCGCUGGAAUUUUCCAUUGUCACUGCGGCAGGUGACCUGGUCGUCGUCAACGAUCACCAAAACAGUGACCUUUUCUGGGCCCUGCGCGGCGGUGGUGGAGGGACAUUUGGCGUCGUCAUAAAUGUAACCGUCCGCAUAUUUGACGAUGCGCCUAUGGUCCUCACAAAUCUGAAUAUCACCACUACUGCCGGGAACCCGAUUUUCUGGAAGGUCAUGGAAGAUUACCAUGCUCUGUUGCCAGCCUUGAACGAUGCCGGUGGCGCAGGGUACUACUUCAUGGUGCCUGAUGCACCACUGUCAACAAACACAAGCCUAUCCACAUUGACUGCCACACUGGCGUUUGCCAACACGACAGACACAGCUAAGAUCGAUCAACUCUAUGCCCCGCUGCUCAAGGCGCUAAAUGCGACCACCGGUGUCACUCUACAGUACCGUUGUGUUCCUUUCCCGAGCAUUGUAUCCUUCAUCCUAAGCAUUCUGAUCACAGGCAAUGCAGACGAAACUGGCACCAUUAACAUAAUUGGCUCGCGACUCUUCUCCAGAGACCUUCUCAUCUCUGACGAUGGCCCAGAACGACUCAUUUCCGCCUUCAGCUCACUCCAGUAUUGACCCGGUCAGGCAUUAAUCGACCACGCUGUCGCCGGCGGUGCGGUUGCAGAGAAUGCCCACGCGAUUGAUAGUGCCCUCAAUCCAGCUUGGAGGGAGACACUGCUACAUGUUGUCAUUAGCAGGAAUUGGUCUCCUAAUGCCACGGUACAGGAACAGAAAGCCGUUCGGGAGAACUUGACCAAUGUGGAGCUACCGAUCCUGCAGAGCGUCGAAGGUUUAGGUACUAUGGGUGCAUAUCUGAAUGAGGCAGAUGCCGACGAGCGGGGCUUUCAGGAAUCAUUCUGGGGGGCUAAUUAUCCACGCCUGUAUGAUAUCAAACAGAAGUGGGACCCGUCGGGACUUUUUAAUGCGAGAAAGACUGUGGGAAGUGAAGAUUGGGAUGAAGAGGGCUUGUGCCCGGUU